UUUCUUUUCUUGAUUUUUAUAUUACUUGAAGUUGAAAAGGAAAAUAUGAUUGUGGAAUUCAAAGGAAUGUUUCUAAUUGAUAAAUUAUACACACAGUUUAAUGCAGAUAGAAGAACACAAAAAGUUAAGAAAUUUACCUCUUCCCAUUCACUGAAUUUAUUUCUUUCAUUCUUUCUCUGUUUAAUUCGCCUGCUUUGUGGUUUAAUAUAUAUUUAGUAAAUGCUUGAUGAAUAUUAAUAUUUGAUCAUGUGAUUUUUAUUGAUCUUUUUUUUAAAAUUACAUAAAUUGGGUUCCCUUUUACGUUGCUAGAGCUCUAUAGUUUAGCUAUAAUGCUGAUACAUCUGGACGUGCUAUACUGGUAUCAGAUACUUACUACUAUUUUGCUUUAUUUGUCGCACCAGAAACACCGGCUAUGGCUGAAUCAACAAUGUUUGUGGUUGCUCAAACCAUUGGCAGUAUUUUGUGUUGCAAGUGUGGUAUUCCAAUGGUACCAAAUGGUGUUAAUAUGUGUUUGACUUGUCUGCGUUCCGAAAUUGACAUUACCGAAGCUUUAAGAAAGCGAAUGACCAUCCUGCAUUGUCCUGAUUGUAGCAGCUACUUGAAGCCACCAAGCACUUGGAUUAAAGCCCAUUUAGAAUCAAAAGAACUGUUGAAAUUUUGUAUUGACAUGCAGAAGAAGCUGCAUGAUAAGGCUAAGGUUAGGGUAGUUGGUGCAGUCUUUGUUUGGACUGAACCUCACUCCAAGAGGAUCAAGGUCAAGCUAAUAGUCCAGAAGGAGGUGCUUAAUGCGACAAUUCUUGAACAAUCAUAUGUAGUUGAGUAUGUUGUGCAGCCUCACUUGUGUGGAAAUUGUUCAAGAGUUCAAGCCAACCCUGAUCAGUGGGUUGCUGUUGUGCAGCUCCGGCAACAUGUUUCUCACAGGCGAACUUUCUUUUAUUUGGAACAGUUGAUUCUAAAGCAUGCUGCUGCUGUUCUUGCAAUUAAAAUCAAACAGGUGGAUCAAGGUAUUGAUUUUUUCUUUGCUAAGAGGAGUUACGCAUUGAAAUUUGUGGAAUUUGUGGGUAAAGUUGCUCCACUCAAGGUUCGACAUGAUAAACAGCUUGUUUCUCAUGAUUCUAAAAGCAACAAGUAUAAUUAUAAAUAUACCUUCUCAGUUGAAAUCUGUCCUAUUUCCCGUGAGGAUUUGAUUUUUUUGCCUCCAAAGCUUGCUGCUAGUUUGGGAAAUAUUGGUCCUCUUGUGAUCUGCAUCAAAGUGAUAGAUGGUAUUUCUCUAUUGGAUCCAUUUACUUUAAGGCAUUGUUUCUUGAAUGGUGAGCAGUAUUGGAGGGCACCUUUUCAGUCUCUAUUAACAAGCAGGCAACUUGUGGAAUAUAUCAUACUAGAUGUGGAACCUUUUUCGUAUGAACGUAGUGUUGGUAGUUCCAAGUAUAAGUUAGUAGAUGCUCAAGUUGCUCGCAGGUCUGAUUUUGGAAAGAACAAUAAGAUUUUCCAUGUUAGAACUCAUCUAGGCCAUAUUUUGAGUGCUGGUGAUGUGCUGGUGAUGCCGCUUCUUGGUUAUGACCUUUAUGGAGCUAACAGCAGUGGUUUUGAACUCAGAAGUAACCGAGACCUUGUCCUUCCAGAUGCAAUUUUGAUAAAGAAGAGCUAUGGGAAGCCAGUCAGAGCAGCUUAAGGACUCUUAUGCGAUGUAGCACGUGAUUUCCUGACAGAGAAGACAAUGGUGUUAAUGAAAUCUAAGCCCUCAGAUAAUGAAUUCUUGAGAGAUCUGGAAGAGAACCUGAAUCGAGGUUUCAACAUUUCAUUAGAAGCAGUCUCCUAG